AUGAACGUGUUCAUUCUAUUAUAUUCAACAUGUUUUAUAUUCUGGCGUGUAAAAGGACAGAUUGAAUACUAUCCAUCGAUGGGCGAGAUAAAAAUUCGCGAUACACAAAAAGUUGAAUUACAUACAAGAUUUAAUGUGAAAAACUCGAAAUAUGUAAAGAAACGAGGAGCAGAUCCAGUAUUUCACGGUCACCCAAAAACAAGAGAAGAGCUCUGGCGCGAAAGAUUCUUGCCAGAAGAUAAACAUUUCGAUCAAGUGCCGUCCCUUAUACGUCUCAUCCACAAUAUUACACUUAAAUAUUUAACUGAUUGUACUCCUGUCCUUCUCUAUGAUAAUCAGAUAUUUUCUGAAACCAAACUGUUUCAAGAACUCUUAAGAUCUUUUCCUGUGACAUUUAUUCAUGGUUACAUUGAUAAUAACAAUCGUUUAGAAGCACCCAACAUUAUUCAAGCUAAGGAUGAGUGCCUGCAUUUUAUUUUAUUCCUUACUGAUGUUCAGAAAUGUCAUAAGGUCCUUGGUACACAGUCUAAUAGCAAAGUAGUGGUGAUCGCGAGAUCAUCUCAAUGGGCUGUACAGGAGUACUUGGGUAAUCCAUCAUCUAGGCUGUUUAUUAACUUACUGAUAGUGAGUCCCAGUUUUAAGGAUGACGAUGAAACUUUAGAAGCGUCAUACAUCUUGUAUACCCAUGAUUUGUAUACUGAUGGCUUGGGUUCAAGUAAGUCGCAUAUACUUACCUCAUGGACUCAUGGAAAGUUUACGAGAAACAUAAAUUUAUUCCCAUUAAAAAUGAUGAAAGGAUACGCUGGUCAUAGGUUUUUGAUUGCGGCGGCAAAUCAGCCGCCCUAUACUAUUAAAAGGUCCCUAAUCGAUACAGCAAGUGGUGCAAUCAAGACGAUUUGGGAUGGAGUGGAGAUACGAAUAAUGAAACUGUUAGCAGAGAGGAAUAAUUUUUCUAUUGAAUUUGUUGAACCACGAGAGCUGAAUUUGGGACCGGGUGACUCAGUAGCCAAUGAAGUGUCUUCAGGACGAGCAGACAUAGGUAUAGCUGGAUUAUAUACAACAGCAGAAAGGUUUAGAGAAUUGGAUCUAAGUUUUGGACAUUCUCAAGAUUGUGCCGCGUUUAUUACUUUGGCAUCAACUGCGUUGCCUCGAUACCGCGCAAUUUUGGGACCAUUCCAUUGGCAUGUUUGGGUGGCAUUAACCUUUACAUAUCUGAUUGCAAUUUUCCCAUUUGCGUUCUCUGAUAGGCAUACAUUGAGUCAUUUAAUCAAUAACAGUGGUGAGGUGGAAAAUAUGUUUUGGUACGUCUUUGGGACUUUUACGAAUUGUUUCACAUUUGUCGGAAAAUACUCCUGGAGUAAAACUGAUAAGGUUACAACGAGGCUGUUAAUUGGUUGGUAUUGGCUAUUCACUAUAAUAAUAACAAGCUGCUAUACCGGUUCAAUAAUAGCAUUUGUAACUUUACCAAUAUACCCUGAGACGAUUGACACUGUAAGUCAACUUUUGAGUGGCUUCUUCCGAGUAGGAACUUUAGAAAGCGGAGGUUGGGAAAGAUGGUUUUUAAACUCAUCAGAUAAAGCUACGAGGAAAUUGUUGAAAAAUUUAGAAUUUGUACCCGAUAUUGAAACUGGAAUAAGAAAUGUGACGAAAGCGUUUUUCUGGCCGUAUGCGUUUCUUGGAUCGAAGGCAGAGCUGGAAUAUCUUGUACAAUCGAAUUUUUCGAUAUCUGAAUCUAAACGCGCAGUCCUACAUAUAUCAAACGAAUGCUUUGUGCCAUUCACGGUGGCUUAUAGUUUUCCUAACAAUUCUGCUCACACUGCAAAGUUGAGCAAGGACCUAAGUACUAUGUUUCAAAGUGGGAUAGUUGAAAAAAUAACACACGACGUGAUGUGGGAAAUACAGAAGAAAGGCGGGGGAAAACUAUUGACGACUAGAUCAUCUACCCUCUCAUCCAAUUCGAUAGAAGAAAAGGGUUUGACGUUGGAAGAUACGCAAGGAAUGUUUCUGUUACUAGGCGCCGGGUUCUUAUUAGCUACAAUUGCACUUUUAUCGGAGUGGAUGGGUGGAUUCUCGCGUCGGUGCCGACAGUUGAAAAGAAGAUUGUCUACUAGUGUAGUCUUAUCAGAAACUUCCCGUAACGAUAGCAGACUACACUUUAACGUAAGAUCGACCAGUGUUGAAUCGAAAGAGACUCUUGAUGGACAGAUUAUUCAUGUUAGCCAAGAAUCUAUAACAAUACAUAAUAAUUACGAUGGAUAUGAUUCUAGAAGGUCAAGCUCUUUGGAUUUGGAUAAAGAAGUUGAAAGAAUAUUCAGAAGAGACGAAAUGAGGAGGCUUCAAUCGAAAUCUAUAGAAGAGAGAUUUAAUACAGCUUCAAAGGUGUUCGGUGAUCAAGUAUUUGAAUAA